AUGGAGUCCAUUGGAGCUUUUCUUGAUCAAGAAUGGGAGUCGUUGAGCAAAAUGUUUUCGUUCGAGGAAGAUUCCGAUUUCUUAAACAGUUGCAGCAGCUUGUUCGGCGAACUCCCGUCAUCGGAUUUCUUGUCCGGUGAUGGAAAUUUGUCCGUUUUACCUUCCGAUGUUCAUCAUGGUACUAAUAAUCUUGAUAUUAAUGAUGCUAAUUACUUUUACUAUGUUUCACAAGAAAGCGUCGUCAGCCAAAGCGAGAGCAACGAAAUAAUCAACCACUUUGAGAUGUCGCCGUCCAUGGAUUUUGUCGCGACUAUGAAUGACAGCUCAGCAUCAAUGGUGGGGCCCGUUUUUACCGAUGAUGACGUCAUGCAAGAGUUUCGACAAUUGAAAGCAGAUAUUUUGAACGAACAGUUGUGCGUAAAUAACGCAGAUAAUUCUUCUUGCAAGAGGAAGUUUGAGACAGAAUUAUUACCACAGGAUAUUAGUCCUAAGAAGAAACCUCGGAUUUCUCGAAAUGCGCAUAAAAAGACGAGAAAUGGUCCACAGUCGACAAAAAAGAACAAGAAAGCUAUAUGUAUCGACGAUGAGGAAGUGAAUAUAAUCAAAGGUGGAGAGAAUAAUGGACAGAGCUCAAGCACAUGCACCUCUGAGGAAGAUGAUUCUAAUGUAGGGGCAAUUUCGGAAUCGAAAAAAUCGGCCUCCAACGGUAAAGCAAAGGUUGGCAAGGGUACUGCCACUGAUCCCCAGAGUCUUUAUGCAAGGAAAAGAAGAGAGAAAAUUAAUGAAAGAUUGAGGAUCUUGCAGAAUCUUGUUCCAAAUGGAACAAAGGUUGACAUUAGCACAAUGCUGGAAGAGGCAGUCCAGUACGUAAAGUUCUUACAGCUUCAAAUCAAGUUGCUAAGUUCAGAUGAAAUGUGGAUGUAUGCUCCAAUUGCAUACAAUGGAAUGGACAUGGGCCUUUACCAGAGGAUUAAUUAAUUAAUAAUUUACAGCACUACUAAUUAACCUUAAUCUUCUGCUAAUAACAAUAUUCCCAACCAGACACAAUAUAUAUAUACAUUCUGAAUUAUAAAUAUUUUUCUGUAAAAAA